CAAACACUGUGUUCAAGUAAUGCACUCCUACACCUGGUCAUCAUAAUCAUCAUCAAAAAAACAUCGCCAUAAACCUUAGCUAGCUGAGAGAGAGAGAGAGAGAGAGAGAGAACAAAAGAUGGGGUCUUUGGGUGUUGAAGUUGCAGAGAAGAAGGCAAUGUGGCUCUACCCAAAGGUUAUGGGAUUCAAUCCUUCUGAGAGAUGGGGUCAUUCUGCUUGUUACUCUCAAGGGAUUCUCUAUGUUUUUGGGGGAUGUUGCGGCGGUUUGCAUUUCAGCGACGUUCUUCUGCUAAAUCUGGACACAAUGGUUUGGAAUGCUCUUGUAUCGACUGGUCAAGGACCUGGUCCAAGAGACAGCCACAGUGCUGUUGUUGUGGGCCAGAGAAUGAUAGUAUUUGGCGGCACCAAUGGCUCCAAGAAAGUAAACGAUCUUCAUAUACUAGAUUUUGCAACAAAAGAAUGGAUACAACCGGAGUGUAACGGGACUCCGCCUUCACCUCGUGAAAGUCACACUGCCACACUUGUUAGCGAGGAGAAAUUAGUGAUAUUUGGGGGCAGUGGAGAAGGUGAAGGAAAUUACUUGAAUGAUUUGCAUAUUCUAGAUCUCAAGACUAUGACAUGGACUUCCCCUGAAGUGAAGGGUGAUAUUCCCAUCCCUAGAGACAGUCAUAAUGCUGUUGCAAUAGGAAACAAGCUCUUUGUAUAUGGCGGGGACUGCGGUGACCGGUACAAUGGCGAUGUUGAUAUGCUUGAUAUUAACACGCUUACUUGGUCAAGGUUGUCUGUUCAAGGAUCUUCACCGGGUGUGAGAGCAGGUCAUGCUGCUGUGAACAUUGGUACAAAGGUUUAUGUCAUUGGAGGGGUUGGAGACAAACACUACUAUAAUGAUGUUUGGAUCCUAGAUGUAAGUACUUGUUCUUGGAUGCAGCUUGAUAUACGAGGCCAGCAGCCGCAAGGGCGGUUCUCUCAUACAGCUAUUGUUACAGAUCUUGAUAUAGCUAUCUAUGGCGGGUGUGGGGAGGAUGAGCGUCCUCUCAAUGAGUUAUUGGUGUUGCAGUUAGGAGCCGAGCAUCCCACUGGCCGUUACAACAUUUCCAUGUGCAAAAUCUUUGGAAACCAUUGGAACCAAGAGAGAAGGUCCUCAAGAGAAGGGAAUAACAUGAAAGCCAUGAUUUUGGGAAAUAAUGCAGCAGUGAGAGAGCACGCCUAUGAACCCGAAUCAGAGAGCAAGCGGCCACUUCCAUUCAAUUCAGAUACUUUACAUCCCAAGAGGAGGAGAACCACAACUGCAAAAACAUGGGAUGUUGAAUCAGAGCAAGAGGAGCACUCUCUUUCACUUUCCCACAGUUCAUCUCCAUCGCUAUCUGAUCAAGAGCAGACAGCAACACAGAAAGCUGCUGAUUCAGCUACGGGUUCUCAAGGAUUUCAUUUGUUUAAGAAAUUAAGUGAGAUUCCAAGCAAUGACAAGAAGUCUCACAAUGCUUCAAGUAAGCAGAAAGAGGCCAUAAAUGCCAUCCACAGAACUCCAAAGGAUCUUCAUCUUUUAGGAGAAUGUCAUUCUCAACCAAGUGCUAACAUCAGUAGAAAUAGUAUGCAAUUCUCAGAACAAAAGUUCCUGGAUGCGGGGUCUCUUCAAAAUGCGAUUGGUGCCGAGGUUCGAGGUAAAGUCGACGGGGCAUUUGACUCGGGUUAUCUAAUGACUGCAACAGUCAAUGGAAAGUUAUUCAGAGGAGUCUUGUUUGCACCAGGACUUCGACCCACCCCGAGAGGUCCGAUUCUAGCACAGAAUCCACACAUGGCUUUGGCUCAACCAUUGCCGAAUCACUCGAACCACCUUGAACCUCGCGUCAGGCUUUUCCAGCAGCCAAUGAAGAGCUCCAGUUUGGGGUCUGGCCAGAGCUUCCCGCAUCAAGUGGCCCGUCCGUUCCCAGUCUUCAGAGCCAGUUCGUCAAAUAUGCCUAAAGAACCAAGCCUUAGAAGUGAUCUUCAAGGUGUGGUUUUAACACUGGGAGGACCUGGCAGCAGCCAGCAUUAGCUGGAAUUUUCAGUUUUUUUUUCCCCUUUCAUUUGAAGUUUUGUAAAUCUUUGGAUAUGUAGUUUUUUUCAGUUAUUUUUUUUUUCUGUUCAAAAAAUUAUCUUCAUGCGCUAUCAAGUCCAGGCUUGUAGAGGUAGUUUAAGUUAGUCUAUGGUUCAUUUGUUAUUGUACUUGAUC